AUGUGCCCGCAAAAUGUACUGUCUUGUUCGACUGAGGCAUUGGCAAAAAAGGCCGAUACCUGUUGCUAUGAGCAAUACGGCGUCCAUGUGCUAACGCAGCAGUGGAACAAGGAUGUUGGACCCGCAGACAUGUUCACGCUGCACGGCCUAUGGCCGAGUGCUUGCAAAGGAAAGAGCCCUCCGACCUUUGGAUGUGACAAUUCUCGAAGGAAGAAGAAGGUCAAGUCAAUUCUCCAGGCAGCAAAGCCUGAGCUGGUAGCUGACAUGCUAAUUUACUGGCCGGCCAGCGACAAUAGGCACGAUGAAUUCUGGGGGAAGGAGUGGACAAGGCAUGGCACUUGUGCAACAACUCUUGACCCAAAGUGCUUCAAGUCAUACACCCAGAACGAGGACAUUGUCGAGUACUUCUCCAACGCCAUCAAGCUCCACAAGUCGCACAAUUAUAUUCCUGCACUGGCAAGCAAAGGGAUUGUACCCGACGACACGGCGCUUGUCGAUCCGAAAGACUUCAAGGAUGCAAUCAAGACCAAACUCAAUAUCGACGUGGAGAUCUCGUGCACCCAGUCGGCGGAUGGGACUGAGGAGAUUUUGAAUGAAGUGCGAACCUACUUCAAUGUAAAGCUCACAAGCGACUAUACCCUUACGGCGGCUAAGGGCAGGAACUCGUGCACCAAGCCAUUUAAAUUCCCCAAGAAGAAAUCAGCCUCUUCAUCUUCCACCUCUGCUUCGGCAUCAUCUACUACCUCAUCUGCUUCUACCAGUUCGUCUGUUUCUACUACCUCUGUUCAAGCGACAUCGGCAUAA